AUUUUUGUUAGCUUGACAAAGGACCACGUAGUAUUCCUUUAGCCACUAGGUAUUGUGAUUGGCAGCAAAGCUGUGUGCAAUUACAAAUUGCAGUAAACUGGUGGCUCUCCUUUGCGGGAACAGCACAGCCACAGUAGCUAUAUAAAAAGAGAAAAUUAAAAACAUAAUUGCAGAGUGUAAAUUGAAACUGCUACACCUAAACUAAACAUGGGACUUAGAACUCUUCCUUUGUGGCCUUCACAAACUUAUUUCCCACGACAGGCAGGAGUUGGGCAGAAAAACUUGUCUGAAAGCAGGCUUCAGAGGAGCCCUAACUUCAGAGUUUUUGCCAAGUCAGAGAAUGCUAAAGAGGAGACAAAGAAGAGCGAGAGCAAGCAAUCUUUCUUUAGUAGUGUAACCGAAGCUCUAGAUUUCUCCCAAGUUCGUUCCGUGAAGGAUGCUGAACUUCUUGAGGAGGCAAGAGAAAACACCAAGUCUGGUGGAAGAAUGACUAGGGAACAAUACGGUGCACUUAGAAGGAAAAUUGGAGGGACAUACAAGGAUUUCUUCAAGUCCUACAUCGAUGUGGAUGGGGAGUAUGUUGAAGAAGGCUGGGUUGACAAGACUUGCAAGGUGUGCAAGAAAGAUACUAGAGGUGAGGCUAGGCAAGUUGACAAGCUUGGAAGAUAUGUUCACGUAGCAUGUCUGGAAAAGGCCAAUUCUGGAAACUUCUUUACAAGACUUUUCUCUAGAUGAAGGCAGGGAAAUUGCUCUUGAAUGAUUGAUUUUCUUUUUUCCCCUCUUUCCAUAGUGUUCAUAUUGAUUUAUACUUGAUACUAGUUUGCUUCCUGUUGACACUUAACAUUCAUAAGAUUUGAGAAUGUUAAAAAAUUGUAAUCCUACUUCAAUGAUUAAUAUCAAAGCUUUUGCUUUUGUAA